AUAUAGCUAGCUAGCAGGUUGACUCACAAAAACUAAAAUAUCGAACCAGAUAUAUAUUAGUGUCUCAGCUGUGUGUGAUAGUGAUUUUUCGUCAUGGUGAUGGCCAAAAACAAAAGAUCAUCAGUUGUGAAAGCAGGAAAUGCACGGCCGAAGAAGAACUGGUGGAAGCCAGAAGAGGACUUGAUUCUCAAACAAUAUGUGGAAACCCAUGGUGAAGGCAACUGGGCAACUGUUUCCAAGCUUUCAGGUCUGAAGAGGGGAGGAAAGAGCUGUAGGCUAAGAUGGAAGAAUUACCUGAGACCUAACAUCAAACGCGGAGACAUGUCCCAAGACGAGAAAGACCUCAUCAUCCGCAUGCAUAAGCUUCUUGGCAAUCGAUGGUCACUGAUUGCUGGUCGGCUUCCUGGCCGAACGGAUAAUGAAGUGAAGAACUACUGGAAUACCCAUUUGAACAAGAACACCAGCUGCUGCCCAGCUGGAGGCAAAAGAAAAGGUACCUCUAUGACAGACUACUCAAACCAUGACACCAAUAUCACCAAGAAGAAAAACAAAAUCAAUACGAGUAAGACUUCGAGCACUGCCACCGCUACUGCUGAUAAUCCGAUGAUCAUCAGUAGUACUGUUCGAAGUCCAAAAGACACCAAUUCUGAUCAUCAUCAUCAACAUCACGAGGAGCCGAAUGAUGGACCCAUAUUUGCUACUACCAGUACUACAGAAGAGAGCUGCUUUUACUAUGAUGUGGACAUAGAAUCUCCAAGGGAGCUGCACUACUACAUGCCUAGCUGCAGUUCAAAAUUCAAUCCGGCGUUUGCGUUUGAUGAUGAGCCUUUCAUUGGCUACAUGGACCCUUUUCUUUUAUUUGAUUAAAAAAUCACUUGUAUACUUUAGGAAGUGUACGUAGCAGCUGUUAUAUAGGUACUUUAAACCUCAUAAUAAUUCAGAGCUAGCUAGCCUGCUCUAGUAUCUAGUGCUUGUUUUUCUCAGCAAUUGAAAAACUAACAAUAGUCACCGACAUUAGUUGUGCAGAAUUGAGAUCAUGGAUAGGCUUUUUAGCCACCUUGUUCGUACAAUUAAUACCCGUGAUUAUUAUCAGGUUUUCUUUUGCAUGAGUCUUAAUGAAUCAUUGCACUAUGAUUGAUAAUGUUACACAUGUUGAUGUGAUCA